CUGAUUCUUUUUUGAAAUACAAAAUGAAUCGUGUUUCUUUCGGGACUGCAACAAUCAAUAAACUGUGUAGGAAUGUAAGUGCAGUACAUCUGACUAAAACUCUGAAAUCAACAAGUUCUGCAGUACUUGCUGUAAGAAGAGAAGACAAUGUGGUUUGGGAACGAAGAGCCCCGCUGGCACCAUCUCAUAUAAGAAAACUUGUCAAAAAAGGGGUGAAAGUCAUUGUACAACCUGCAAAUAAGCGUGCUUAUCCGGUCCAGGAAUAUGAAGAGGAAGGUGCUGUGAUACAAGAAGAUAUUUCUGAAGCAUCUGUUGUAUUGGGUGUGAAGCAGGUUCCAGAUAAAUGUCUUCAUCCAGAAAAAACUUAUGUUUUCUUCUCGCAUACAAUCAAGGCACAGCGAGAAAAUAUGCCAAUGUUGGAUAUCAUAUUAGAUAGGAAAAUUCGCCUCAUUGAUUAUGAAAAAAUGGAAAUCAAACCAGGAAUGAGAGUUGUUGCUUUUGGCAGAUAUGCUGGAUAUGCAGGAAUGAUUGAUAUUUUACAUGGAAUGGGUCUACGACUGUUAGCACUUGGACAUCAUACACCUUUUAUGCAUAUUGGAAUUGCUCACAAUUAUCGAACUUCAGGACAAGCAAUUCAAGCUGUAAGAGAUGCAGGAUAUGAAAUAUCGCUGGGUAGAAUGCCACAAUCUAUCGGACCUAUUACUUUUGUCUUCACCGGAAUUGGAAAUGUAUCUCAGGGUGCACAAGAAGUGUUCAGAGAAUUGCCACAUUUAUAUAUUGAACCUCAUGAAUUGAAAAAUGUCGCAGAACAUGGUGACAGUUCCCGAGUGUAUGGUUGUGUAAUUGACAUGCAGCAUUAUCUUCGCAGAAGAAUAGACGGAGGUUUUGACAUGCAGGAAUAUUUUGAUCAUCCGGAAAAAUAUGAAUCAACAUUCGCCCAAGAGAUAGCACCGUACGCUUCAUGUAUAGUCAAUGGAAUAUUUUGGAGACCGAGAGAUCCACGACUUUUAACCAACGAACAUGCUGUUUCUCUUCAAGAUCCAAAGUUUGCUCCAAAAAUAUCUCCAAUUAUCAGAAAUGCUGUUACAAGCUCGGAAGGUUGCCCAAGGCUGCCACAUAGGCUGAUUGCAAUUGCAGACAUUUCCGCUGAUCCUGAAGGUUCAAUCGAGUUUAUGACCGAGUGCACAAGUAUUGAUGCUCCCUUCACAAUGUACAAUGCAGUGAAUGAAAGUGUCAUUCCAGGAGUGAAAGAUGAAGGCGUUCUCUUAUGCUCAAUUGAUAAUCUUCCUGCACAAUUGCCGAGAGAAGCAACAAACUUCUUCGGUGAUCAGCUCAUGCCAUACAUGCAUGACAUUAUUUCCAAUGAUGCCAAAGUACCCUAUGAAGACAUCAAAGACAUGUCACCUGUUGUGAAAAAUGCGAUCAUUGCUUCUAAUGGAAAAUUAACUCCACAAUAUGAAUAUAUACACCAGCUCAGACAACAAAGUAUAAUAGAGAUGAACAGAAAAUCACAGGUUAUCAAAAGAGUACAAACUGGUGCCAUGUCUAUAUCAGAUGGAAAGAAAUAUAAAGUUUUGGUUUUAGGAGCUGGUUUUGUAUCACGACCUGUGUUAGAAUAUUUAACAAGAAGAAAUGAUACUGCUGUUACAGUUGCGUCCAACAAACAAUCUGAAAUUGCUGAUUUAUCUGGGAAGUAUGGAGAUACAAAUCCUAUUCUAAUGAAUGCUGGUGAAGAGAAAGAUAGAUUAGUAGAUUUAAUCAGAGGACAUGAUUUAGUAAUCAGCUUGCUUCCAUAUACAAUGCAUGCUCCCGUUGCGGAAACUUGUAUCGAACAAAAGAAGAAUUUAGUCACUGCAAGUUAUGUUUCUGAGCAAAUCAAAGCUUUGCACAACAGAGCUGUUGAUGCCGGUGUGACAAUAGGAAUGGAAUUUGGGCUUGAUCCUGGAAUUGAUCAUAUGCUGGCGAUGCAGUGUUUCGAUGAAAUAAAAAGAAAAGGUGGGGAGAUUUCAUCAUUCAUAUCAUGGUGUGGGGGAUUGCCAGCUCCUGAAGAUUCCAAUAAUCCACUCAGAUAUAAAUUCAGUUGGAGUCCUCAGGGUGUUUUGAUGGUCACUCUUGCUCCAGCUAAAUAUUUAUAUAAUGGUGAACUGAUUGAAAGAUCUGAAGGUGGAGAAAAUUACAGGAAACCUCCUCAUGAAAUACAUGGAUUGCCAGGUUUCAAUUUGGAAGGAAUUCCAAAUAGAGAUUCCAUAAAAUAUGCCAAAGAAUAUGGAAUUGAAUCAGUAGAUACUAUUUUGAGAGGAACAUUACGUUACAAGGGAUUUGCUGAUGCUGUGGUUGGAUUACAACAACUUGGUUUGAUUGAUAUGACACAGAAUGAUUAUCUUCAACCUGAUUCUUCAGACAUUACAUGGAAACAACUCAUUCCUAAAUUAUUGAAUGAUCAAAGAGAAGAAAUAUCUGACGAGGAAUUACAAGCGAUGGUUUAUGAUCAAGUUGAUCAGGAAGUUACACGAUUGAAAGCAAUUAAUCAACUAGGGUUGAUGACUGAUGAACCUGUAGCAAAGGCUGGAACACCAAUGAGUGCCUUGGCAGAACAUUUGUCGAGAAAACUAGCUUAUGGACCAGAUGAAAGAGAUAUGGUUAUCAUGAGGCAUGAAGUCGUUGGAAAAUAUUCUGACAGAACAGAGCAACAUAAUGUUAAUCUUGUAAUGUAUGGUCAACCUGGUCACCAUACUGCAAUGGCAGCUGGAGUUGGAUACCCCUGUGCAAUAUUAGCAAGAAUGAUUCUUCAAGGAAAAGUGGAUGACAAAGGCAUUGUGACUCCAUUAAGGUCUCAAAUAUAUGAGAAAGUUCUAUCAAAACUACGAGAACUUGGGAUCAAAGCUAAAUCUGAAGUUAUUACACAAAAAUUUAAUUAAGAUUGUUUCAGAAAUCUGUAACCAUGUUAUAUUUUCCAAGUCAACUCAAAUCAAAAUUGCAUAAUCAGUGACAUGUCAAUUUUAACAUCAGUAAUUUUUAUUUUCUCUCACUAUCAUUCCCAAAUAGACGAUCGUUUUCUUUCUUUGUCACUUGACAAACGUGCCUUAAAAUGUUGUUUGAAAUUUUGUUAUUUCACAUUCCACGGUUCAUCAUUAUCGGGCUACUAACUAUACUAUCAAUUAUAUUGUAAGACUGUGAUUCGAUAUCAGACCUCCGUAUACGAUAUCGUGUAAUGUAAUUUAUCUAUUGUGAUAUCAAUAUGACACUUUAUUCUGCAUUUCACUAAAUUUGCACUUAAUGCACCAAACACAACUGAUGUAAUGAAUUGAUUUGCAUAUUGCGUUCUUGUAUAUAUAGUAUAUAUAUGUAUGUUGAGCUUCUUAUUAAUUAAAAAUAAAAUUAACCAAUUUACCUAUUACACUGCUGUAAUACAAGCACAAUGUACGAAUAUAUAUAACUGUGGAUUA